AACAGAGCAGAAGUUGUUUGGUUCCGACAGGAGACGAGACGUGACUGUGAGAGCUCCGACCUCAGCUUUGCAUCUYUUUUUAUUUCUGUACACGACUUAAAAAUACUUUGGUUUUAACUCUGCUGUCAAAGAUGGACCCGUUCACCGAGCUCCACAGCUGUCCUCCAAGCCGUCCCCUUCGAAGCGCCGGUGCUCAGAGGAGAACCUGCAGCCUGCAGCAGACGAGGAGAACCAGGAGCCRGUGAAGACUUGGGCUGCAGCUCCAGUGCUGUCGGAUCCUUCUACAGACAGACCCCCCCCGGUGGACCCUGUCAGCGUUCAGCCGAACACUGUCACUCCUGGGCCUGGUGGUCCCAGCAGCAGAGAAGCCCCCAGCGGGUCCUCCCUGCAGACGAACAAGGAGGACKCGGUGGAUCACGUGGCUCCUGGAGCUGCUGGCAUGAAGUCCCGCUUACAGAAGCUGGCAGAGCAGAGGAAGUGUUGGGAUGGCAGCUGUGAUCCAGUAGCAGACAGCGUGCCUCUGUCSCUGCUGAAGAGACAAGCUGAGGUCCACCCUGCUCCUGCCACGUCCUCCACGUCUUCAGAGCCUCCCGUGGGCCGCAGGGGCAGGCUGGCCCACCUGGCUGCCACCAUCGGGUCCUGGGAAGAUGACCUGAGCCACAGCAACGUUCCCAAACAGAAACCCGGUCCCAGUUCUGUUCCUAAACCUGCUGCCGGCACCAAAACAACCAGCYUGUCUGUUUCCAGCUCCACGCAGGGGUCUCUGCGUUCUCCAGGAAAACCUCAUGGUCUGGUGGUCCCAAGCCCUCAGGAGGCUYCAGUUCCUGCCUCCAAACGUGCACUUGACUCUGUGCACAGUCCUCAGAAGACCUGCAGUCAGUCAGUCUUCACAGCUGUUCCACAGAAACCAGCAGAGCCUCCAGGUCCCCUGAAGAGUCCAGCUGUCUCCACAGGUCUUCAGCACAUCCCCAGCCCCUCAAAACCAGAGCUGUGUGACAAGCCCKCCAUGGCCCAGCAGGCCACAGCUAAAGGUCCUGGUGUGAAGUCUUUUCUGGAACGCUUCGGAGAGCGCUGCCAGGAGCGCAAAGAGCACAUGGCCCCGACCAGGGGCCCCGCCUCGGUGUCCAGGGGCCCCGCCUUGACCCACAGGACUCCUGUGAGUCCAGCAGUCACACCCAACACCAGGCUGGUCCAGGACCGGCUGAGAGCCGCCCAGGCUGCAAACACCAGCACUGCUGAGCUGGCACAGAGACACAAGCUGCAGGUCCUGGACUAUUCCCUCCUCCAGCCUCAACGUCCAGCCCUGUGGAGGAGGUGAGCCCCACGGCGGAGGUGAGCCCUAUCCUGGAGGUGAGCCCCACGGCGGAGGUGAGCCCUAUCCUGGAGGUGAGCCCCACGGCGGAGGUGAGCCCUAUCCUGGAGGAGGAUAAAACUGCAGAGAAGAAGGAACUGGAGCAGGUCAAAGAGACGGAGACAAAUGUGGACCAGUCCAUCAACUCUGCAGUUAUCAACGAGCUGUUUAAUGACGUCUUGGAGCAGAGUGAGGAGGAAGAGGAGGACGCUUUGAACAUCUCCUCCAUGUCCCUCCUCACUCCCCUGGCAGAGACUGUGGCUGCUGUGGUGAAGAGUCCAGWGGGCAGAUUAUUGACUUCCACUCCCUCCAGCUCAUUCCUUGUGAUGAACAACACUCCAGAAAACAUCUCUAAACCCAGCAGGUUCCAGAGAGCUAACGUGGUCCGAAGCUCCUCCUCAGAUAGUGUCGAGGCUUCAGACGAGGACAACAAACUGCCUUACAGCAUCGAUGCCUACAGGUCGAUCCGGGUGAAGGAGCCUGAGAGGCCCACUGUGAAGCAGGUCAUUGUGAGAAAAGAAGCUGUGUCUCAGAGAGCAGAGGAGCCUCGAGGAGCUUCUCUCUUCAGUAUCAAACAGAGGAUGAAGAUGCUGACAAACGACAUGAACCUGCAGCAGACCAUCAUCCACCAGGCCAGCCAGGCUCUGAACUGCUGCACGGAUGAAGAGCAUGGGAAAGGCUCUCAGGUGGAGGCUGAGGCAGAGCGCCUGCUGCUGCUCGCAACUGAGAAGAGGGAAUCCUUGAAGGCAGAGCUCGAGCGGUUAAAAGGAGACCCAGCAGCAAAGAGGAAGACCCCUGCAGCUCCAGAACCUGGAUCUGUGUCUGCCUCCAAAGGCUCCAUCACCCUGCAGGACCUUCGUCUGCCCCUCAAGGCGGACUUUGUUUGCUCCAUCGCCAACAGACCAGAGUCCACCAAACACUCCUUCUUCAUCCUGAUGGGGGCCGGAGCAGAGAACAGCGUGGCCACGCCUUUAGCCAGCACACACCGUGGUCUCAGUGGGGACACCCUCAGCUUCCCCACCAGGUUCACCCUGUCUGAUGUUGGCAGUGACUUUAAAAUCGAGCUGAAAGUCUACAGUUUGGUGCAGAAAAGUGAAGUCUGCAGUGACAAGAAGAAGAAAACCAACAAGUCAAAGGCCAUCACCUCAAAGAGGUUCCUCGCCAUUACCAAAAGUGCACAGACUCCAGUGGUGGCGAGUCCUGGAGGCCCUAACGCCGUCAGAACCAGUAACUUUGUUCUGGUUGGAUCUCACACUCUGACCCUGUUCUCUAUUGGAAACAACACAUUUCCUCUGGAUAAGGUGCCGUUCCUGUGUCCCCUGGAGGGCCACAUCCACCUGAAGAUGCAGUGUGAAGUGGGCUCAAAGGUGGAGGAGAGGGGCUUCCUGACCAUGUUUGAAGACGUCAGUGGCUUUGGAGCGUGGCACAGAAGAUGGUGUGUGCUGUCAGGAUAUUACCUGUCCUACUGGACCUACCCCGAUGAUGAAAAGAGAAAGAACCCCAUCGGUCGCAUCAACCUGACCAGCUGCUCCAGUAAGAAGGUGGAAGCAGCCAACAGAGAGUUCUGRGCCCGACCCAACACCAUGGAGCUGGUCACAGUCAGACCUCAGAGAGAGGACGACCGGGAGACACUGGUCAGUCUCUGCAGGGACACYGUGUGUGUCACCAGGAACUGGCUGAGUGCCGACACCAAGGAGGAGAGGAACAUGUGGAUGCAGAAACUCAACCAGAUCCUGGUGGACCUGCGGAUGUGGCAGCCAGAGACCUGCUGUAAGCCCCUGUAACCGCAGCGCUCAGUCCCAGGACUUUUCUAAGUGCAAUACAGGCUGACCCAUCUUAUUUUACCCUAAAUAAGAUCUAGAGCAUAAAGCCAUAUUUUACAGGCCCUUCACUUCAGUGUGUUUUCAGUUGCUCCUUGCUGAUGUGUGAAAGGACCACCUUCUGCAGCUGGUUUCUGUGCUGAAAGCAGUUUAUAAAUUAUGCUGAAAUCUGGGAUGAAGAGUUUUAAUGUUUUUAUUUUGCAUGGCUGCACAAACCAAUAGCAAUGCUUUCAGCUAGUUUGUAUUUUAUAUAUUAACUUUUCUAACUUGUGUUAAUCUUUUGUUAUUAUUUAUCCUCUGAACUUUAUUUGAACUGAAAUGUUUUAGAGAAAUUCUGUUACGUGCUCUGAUAUCUGACACACUAAUCUGAUAGUUGCUCAGUCCUUUUUAUUUUCAGUACACUUUAAUGAAAACAGGACAAAUAAACCGAGACAAGUCUUUGGGUACAAGUUGCUUUCAAAAUAAAAGCCUUCUGUAAGUCAGAGUAUGUAACAGGCUGGUUAUUGCACCUGGUUUGUUCAAAGAUGGAGCUCUUUGUGGAAAAUACAUUUUUCUUCCUGCAGUUCUUGUCAGCUCUCUCUGGUGGUCUGAGGAGAAUCCUGUCGGACCACCAGGAGUAUCACAGUACUGUUCAGUGAUACUACAGUCUGUGUACUCAGCCAGUCCUUUCAUGGAAGCAGAAAUUGUGUAAAAGAUUUCCAGUUAAAUGAUUUAAAGCAGCUGAUGUUUUCAAACUGUACUCAUCAGUAUUUUAUUUUGACAAUAAAGAGUAUAAUUUGUUCCCCAAUUCUUUUCAUUUAAUCUUUAUUUAUGUAGAGACAAAUGUCAAGUAUUAACAAAUACUGUACACUAAAACUGCUACUUCCUGGAUGGACCUUGAGCUACAUAAAAACAAACCCGGAGGAUAAAAUGACUCAACACUUGAACCUUGUCGGCUUGUUCCUCAAACAUUUUCUUCUUGAUCCUGGUCCUGAACCAGAACCAGGAUCUGACCUGGGCUCUGAUUCAAAGAGAGAAGAGGUGAACCAGCGGGUCGUGAGGCUGACGUUUGGGCAGAGUUUUUCUUUUUUUCCCAGUUUAAAAAUGAGUUACCCACAAAAAGAACUAAUAAAUUACAGAGCUCUAAGGUUCAGGAAACAUUUAAUUGUCCGUCCUSGCUGUUGAUUUCCCUCAGGCUCUGAAGCAGAAACAGCCACAGUUCAUUCUGUCGGUUUAAUUGUGGAUCUUUGAACAGAUUCUUCUGUCGUCUGCAGAAAACUGAACGUGUGUGAACUUCUCUAAGGUUCCUGGUCUCUGAUUAAAUGCUCUGCAGUGUGUAUCGUUUACACUUUGACUUAAUAAAACACAGUGUGUAAUCAUAUCUGAAUGACGCACAUUUUGCUUCUGUGAUGCUCAUUUAAAUACGCUUGAAUUACUGUAUAUGACAGUCAGUUAUAAAGCAAAAUAAAAGGUUUUGUAAUAGUUUAGGCAUUUGUUAUUAACAGGUUCACUUUAAAAGGUUUUAUAUUAAAAAUGACAUUAAAUUGGCUUUAAACAUCAAUUUGGCUGAUGAAACUAAAGAAAAUUUGUGUUGUGAGACAUCUUAGGACUGAAUGUUAUUUUGUUGAUUUCAUACGUUGGUGUAAAUAUUUGUUUGUUUUAUGCAUCAGUACACGAAAUAAACUUUCUCAAUUUUAAAGCUGCCUCUUCUAUGUUUGGGGAGUAAAUCAACAGGAGGGUUGUAAAUAUUCGCCUAAAAUGACAGGUGGCUGUUGUCACUGUUUGCUGUAGACCUGUUUACAAUAUAAAAGAUAAUAAAAAGCACAAUAAAGACC